AUGGACUUUGACGACCAACUAAUCGCCAAACUGCACACGCCCUCAAGAACCCGCACACCAACCCCACCACCACCAUCAACAACAGAAACCAGCACACCCGACACUGCCAGCGCCCCAUCCUUCCCACGCACGCUAUCCACCCCCAAAGACGGCGAAAGCUACUACAUAAAACCCAUCCCCAGCGGUUUACGCGCAGCCACAUUAUCCUCUCUGAUGACACUCUGCCACACCCACACGCUCACCCACGGCUUCGACGUGGUAAAAAAAGCAGGCGUGAAACCCACAUCCCAAAAGGGAGGCCGCAAACACAUCAUCCCCGGCGGUGUAUACUACAAAUGGCACAUCACCUGCGUGCUAGGCGGCAAACCCAAAAACACAAGGCAUCUGACUGAAGACCAACGGCGCCGCGAUAAAGCAAGUCUCAAGAUGGGGUGUCCGAGUCGCGUGUGGGCGUGGGCGGUGGAUAGGGACACCCCAGAGGGAGAGUGGGAGAUUAGGUGGGGAGAUACGGAUCCAGCGUUACACAACCAUCCUCCGGUUGAUGUGCGUACAUUGCCGAAUCAUCGCCGCAGAGCCAGAGAGGCGGAAGGAGUCCAAGACGCCAUUCGUGAGAUUGCGGAACAGGGUUUGGGGAGGAGGGAGGGCUUGCAAAGAUUGAGGGAGUUGUUUCCAGAGGGGUUGUUUAGUGAAAAGGAUGUUGCGAAUGAGUUGCAGAAGUAUAAAGGGUUGAUGAAGAAAAGAGUGAGGGAAGGUCUGGAAGAACAAGGGGACGGAGAGCAAGAGGAGAUGGAAGGUGUGAUUGAGGACGUGGAGGAGAGGCAGUUGCAGGGUCAGACGAGGCAAGAGCAGCAGCUUUUGCAGCAGCAGCGAGUUCAACAUCAACAACAGCCACAGCAGCAUCAGAACAUGUUUGCUACUGGUGUUCCUGCUUACUGGUAA